AUGCCCUGCACGCCCUGCUGGGCUGCUCGGGCUGGCUGGCUGGACAAUGCAGCAAGCCAGCGCUGUGCAAGGUUUCCCGCCGUCGUCACAGCGCCCUUUACAACAGUACAACACAGAAGGGCGGCAUCCGCUGAAGCAAAAGCAACAGCUGCUGCUGCAGCCUCCAGCAGCCUGGAGUGUCCUGUUUUGUUGUCUGCGCUUGUUGCCCAUCCUCCAACGCCCAACUUUUCUCCUCUCCGCCGCUGUUGCCGUCUUGAACUACCAUUUCCUCAAAACGACUCGAUUCAGCUCCUCUACCGCCUCGAAAAUACACUCGCUUGCCUGUCUGUCUCGCAGCCGACCCUCUCCACCACCAGAAAAGCAACAAAGUCAAUUCCGCCUCCACAGGAACGCCACUCCACGACCACCUGCACUCCACUCGUGCCUCUCGCUUUACGAGUUUCACCUCUCGACACAAUGGCCGGCCCCGGUGGUGGUCCUCCUCGUCGCUCCCACACCAAGUCCCGCAAGGGCUGUGAAACCUGCAAACGCCGCCACAUUCGCUGCGAUGAGAGCUUCCCUCAGUGCCGCAACUGCACCAAGCACAAGAUCCGCUGCCCCUACAAUGAUAUGCAGGUCACUCCUGAGCCCGAGCGCGCUGCUACUCCCGACACACCUGAUCUGAUGUGGACACCUCAUAUCGAGGCCGACAUUGCUGAAUGGCGACGUACUGGUGUUUUCCCGUUCCCUGCUCUCGGUCUCUACCCGGCUCCUAUGGCUCAGCUCUACUCGCUCCACGAUCUCCGUCUCAUCUACCACCUCGCCGCUCUCUAUCAGCAGCUUGCUCGGAUGGAUGCCAACAACUUUACCCUCUGGACUCGCCAUAUCCCGACUCUUCUCCAGAUUGGCGCCACCACACCUUACGUCAUGCACGCUCUCCUCGCCUUUUCCGCCAUGCACAUUGCUUUUCUAACCGACUGCCGUCGUGUUAGCAACAUGGCUUUUGAGCACCGAGGCAUUGCCCUGAGCGGUCUGCAUGCCGCCAUUGGCUCCUUUUCUCGCGAGACCUCGGACGCCAUCCUCGCCGCCUCUCUGGUUCUGUCCUGGCAGGCCAGUGACUGGCGCAGCUGGACCCAGCUCAUGCAGGGCACUGCCACCGUCAUUGACGCCAUGGAAGGCUGGAAGCACGAGUCCCUCUUUACCGACUUCAUCGCCGAAAGCUGCACAUUCCCUACAGCUCCUGCCUCGCCCGAUCCCGAACACCGUCCCAGCCAGCCGCGCAGGGAUGAUCUCGACGCUUUCCAGCGCACUCUGGACCAAGUUCAAAAAGUUGAGGACCAUCUGCGCUUCCAUGGAGAGGAGACUACCCAGAUCCAGCACCUCAUUGGUUUCCUCAAAGGUGCCCGAAAGAUUACCCCUGCUCUGUCUAUUGCCCAGCAGUACGAGCGUCUUCAGCCGCUCCGUACCUGGCUCUUUUGGAUGCCCGUCGGUUACCUGCAGAAUUACAGUGCCUCUGCCAACUCCCUCGUUGUCAUUGCCCACCUCUACACUGUGGCCCUUCUGAUGGAACGUCUCUUUCCUGAAAUUGGCGCCGCCUACUUUGGUUCCCUCUCUAUCCUGCCCGUCGAGGAGAUUGCCCGCCGCCUGAUGUCCAUGAGCGUUGCCAAUGGCCCCAGGAGCAGGAGCGCUCACACCCCCCUGACUCUGAUGGAAUUCCCCAUUGACACCGUCAGCGAGUUCCGCUCUCGCAUGGGCUGGGUCAACCCUGAGAGGACCCGCUCAUUCCCCCAGUUCAACCCACCCAACUUUCCUGUUGCUACUGAGGAAGUUGCUAUGGCUGCCGGAACCGAGUCAUACCUGUACAACAGCCCUGCCUUUAGCUACAGCGCUGAGGAGAUGCCCAUGCUCAACAACCCCGUCUCUGUGCCUGCCGAUGGUAGCCCCAUGAUGGUGUCUUCCCCCUUUGCUACUGGACACUAUCUCAAUGUUCCAUCGCCCUCCUUUGUGGCCUACUCUCCCGCCUCAUCCACCUUUGAGGGUUCCGUCGCCUACAGCGACCCCGAGGAAUACUCGUCCUUUGACCUGCACAACUUCCAGACUGGUCACUCGCCCAUGCUCGGUGAUUCGCAUCUCAACUAUGGAGUCGGGAACCCGAGCCCCUCUUUGGCCAGCCACAUAGCUUAUCCACCGCCUCACCAGGAUGCUAGCUCCAUGUACGCGCCGUCGGCCCUUGCUGGCGACAUGUCCAUAUACAGCACAGAUUCGUUUACGAUGCUUCCACGCCCCGAGUCUCCAAUGCCUUCGAGCAGCUCACCCGCACAUUUUCGCCACCGCCAAAACACCUCUAUCUCGUCCGCCCUGCACCCACCGUCACCUCUGGCUCAAGCACCUCUAGUGCCUGAGCAGGAUCCAAAGGGCAAGGGAAGGGCGACUUGA